CGCAGUGCAUCCUCGCUUGUAGCCGCUCGAGUGAUACUCGACGCCGCAACGAUGGCCGGCACUGAGGCGUGGAGCAAACUUCAACAGCACUAUGACGCGGGCAUGAAGACGCAGAAGAUGCGCGACCUGUUCUCCAAGGACAGUGACCGCUUCGAGAGCUUCUCUGCGACGUUCGAGGACGUCCUGCUCGACUACUCCAAGAACAUUGUGACGGAAGAGACGAUGACCCUGCUCAGCAAGCUGAUCGAUGAGGCGCAGGUGAAGGAGAUGGCCAAGGCGAUGUUUGCGGGCGAGAAGAUCAACCUGACCGAGGAUCGGGCAGUGCUGCAUGUCGCGCUCCGGAACCGCGCCAACACGCCGAUCUUGGUGGACGGAGUCGACGUGAUGCCGGAGGUGAACGGCGUGCUCGCCAAGCUCGAGCCGUUCGUCAACAAGGUGCGUUCGGGCGAGUGGAAGGGGCACACCGGCAAGCCCAUCACGGACGUGGUCAACCUGGGCAUCGGCGGGAGCGACCUCGGGCCGGCCACCUUAGAAGCGGAGCAUUGCUUGCCGGUGAUGGUGACGGAGGCGCUCAAGCCGUACUCGAAGCGCGACCUCAAGGUGCACUUUGUCUCAAACGUGGACGGCACGCACAUCGCCGAGGUCACGAAGGCGCUCGACGCGGAGACGACGCUCUUCCUGAUCGCGUCCAAGACCUUCACGACGCAGGAGACGAUGACCAACGCCAACUCGGCCAAGUCCUGGCUGCUGGCCGAGCUCGGGGGCGACAAGGCCGCCAUCGCGAAGCACUUCGCGGCGCUCUCCACCAACGGCAAGGCGGUGAAGGAGUUCGGCAUCGACGAACAAAACAACAUGUUUGGCUUCUGGGACUGGGUGGGCGGUCGGUACUCGUCCUGGUCGGCGAUCGGAACUUCGAUCGCCCUCUCGAUCGGCUGGGAGAACUUCGUCGCCUUCCUCGAGGGGGCGCACGAGAUGGACAAGCACUUCCUCGAGGCGGACUUCUCACCCGAGAAGGGCUUCAAGAACCUGCCGAUGGUGCUGGCCGCGCUCGGCGCGCGUGGUACGGCGCCUUCUUCAAUCAGUAGGACCAUCUCUGCGACGCGCGACGGCAAGCACGUGGCGGUCGGCACGGGCCCGAUCAUCUGGGGCGAGCCGGGGACCAACGGGCAGAACCCCGACUUCCCCGAGCACCACCCGAUCCUGCUCUCCAACUUCUUCGCGCAGACCGAGGCGCUGAUGAAGGGCAAGACGAAGCCCGAGGUCGAGGCGGAGCUCGAGGGCAAGAUGGACGCCGACGAGAUCAAAAAGCUCGCGCCGCACAAGGUGUUCGAGGGCAACAAGCCGAGCAACUCGAUCUUGUUCGACAAGCUGACGCCGCGCACGCUCGGCUCGCUGAUCGCAAUGUACGAGCACAAGAUCUUUGUGCAGGGCGUCAUCUGGAACAUCAACUCCUUUGACCAGUGGGGCGUGCAGCUCGGCAAGGAGCUCGCAAACAAGAUUCUGCCAGAGCUCAAGUCGGACGAGCCGGUGACGUCGCACGACUGCUCGACAAACGGCCUGAUGAACCACUUCAAGGCGCGCUCGAAGGAGGUCAAGUAGUGCGGUCGGGGCCGAGCAGCCUAGCGGAGACGGCCCGAGGGGGUCGGCCGAUCUUCAGCCCAGGCAGAGGAGGGGAGAGCGAGGCGGCCGCGCGGGGGCGGAGAGGCGGGGCUAGCGGGGCAGAAGGGUGGACCAGAGGGGAGAGCUGCAGGUGGGGAGGCGGGGUUGCUGGCUCGCCCAUACGUGCCGAAUGGCUGGCGGCCAGCAACCAGGUGCACGGAUCUCGUGUCGACGCGAAGGGGUCGCGAGAGCGGCUGCAGAGCGUGCUGCAGAGCGAAGCAUGGUAAGGUAAGGUAAACUUCCCAAC